AUGGAAUACGAUACCAAGACCCCCCUCUACUUCACAAAUGAUAAAACUUCAUUCGCAUACAUCUCUGCAAGGGAUCGUUGGCCUGUUAUUCUAACUGGUGCAAUCGAUGAUGUUCACAAAGCAGUAUCUGCAGCAACAGGUAACAAACAUGAAGAAGGAAAACGCAUAGUCGAAACCCUCGCAAAGCUCAAAUACGAACUUCAACAUGAUAGGAAGUUAACUCCUCUUCUCGAUGAUGGACAACCAGAUAUUGAGGGUUAUAAUAAAGAAUUGGAGCAAUUAAAUUAUCCAUCAUGGUUUAAUAUUCCAUGGUUAUAUGCAGAAUGUUAUCUCUACAGACGCAUAGCAACCUCAUUCUCCUUGUCCAAAGAAUGGAAGUCCCACGAUGUAUUUGCGCGUCAAAAGAUGUCAACCUUUCGCUCCUCCCGUCCCGCCGUUCUGGAACUCGCAAAUCGCUACCACGAACUCAUAAAUCAAAUGACCAACAACAAAACCCAUGAUGAAGAAGCGGAAAAAAUACUCUUCAUGGAAAUGUGCGAGAUUUGUUUAUGGGGAAAUGCAACCGAUCUCUCACUCCUUACAUCUCUCACCUACGAAGAUAUCCAAAAAUUACAAGGUUCCGAAGCUCGAAAGAAUUCGGAGAAAAAUAUCCUUAUAAAUGAUUUGGAGAAAGCUUAUGAUGUUCUCAAGGCUGCCAAGAAAGAAGGAAGAAAUCGACAGGUCGAUAUCGUGCUCGAUAAUGCUGGAUUCGAACUUUAUGUCGAUUUGAUUCUCGCCGGAUUUUUACUCAGCGCAGGCCUUGCUACAAAUAUCGUCCUACACUCCAAAUCCAUCCCAUGGUUCGUAUCAGAUGUCGUACCAAAAGAUUUCUCGGAUUUAUUAAAUGCAUUAAAUAAUGCACAAUCCUUCUAUUCCACUCCUUCCGAAGACGAACAAAGAGAAGGCAAAACUCCCGAACCCCUUUCCAAAAAGGAAGAAGAAGAAUUAGAUUUCUUAUUUAACACUUGGAGCGAAUUCCACGCGGAAGGACAAUUAACCUUACGAGCCAAUAGAUUCUGGACCGAAGGAGGCAGUUAUUGGAGAUUACCCGGUACAGCACCUAGACUACAUGAAGAUCUUAAGGAAAGCGAGUUAGUUAUUUUCAAAGGCGAUUUGAACUAUAGAAAAUUAACAGGUGAUGCGACAUGGGAUCCGACAACACCAUUUAUAAAAGCGAUUGGUCCGUUAGGUCCAGGAUCGGGUGUUAAUGUGUUGGCGUUGAGAACGUGUAAGGCGGAUGUAGUGGUUGGGUUGGAGCAGGGCUUGGAUGAGAAAUUGAGGAGGGAAGAGGGAGGCGGUGGGGAGAGUGGGCAGAGGAAGUGGGGAUGGAGUGGGAAGUGGGCGGUGGUUAGUUUUUCGGGGGGGAAGUAG